AUGUCAUCUAAAACGAGUACGAUAGCUUCAGACGAUAGUUUUAUCACCCCCGUAUCGUCCAUGGGCGAUCUCAUGACUCUUUCUCCUAGAAAAUCUGAUAAUGUAUUAAUCGAUCAAACUAAUAUAAGUAAUGAUUAUCUGACUGGAACAGACUUUGAUAGUAUAUGCGACAUCACCAUGCAAGAGGUACCUAAUUACGAAGCGAACUUGUCCAUAGAUUCAAAUAGUCUGGAUUUUUUGGCAAGGUGUAGUGAAUCAACUCGUAAUCAUACCUUUAUUGAUAGAGGAAAAGAGAGUCUUUUUGUAAAAUUCGACCCAUUGUAUGCUCAGAAACAUUUUAUGGAAUCACCUGAGACUCAAAUUCAAGCAGAUUCUUUAGAGUGUGAUGUUGGCUAUGAAACGAGCAGUGCUACAUCAAUAUUGACAGACACGGCUGUUUCUAUUUCAGAAAAUAAUAAUGUAAGUGUCAGCAACACACAAGGCAAAUGUAACAAAGAUAAACCUAUGCAAAAGGUUACACCAGUAUUAAGCUCGGAGGUGUCAAAGCCGAUUGCUAUGCGUACAAAUUCAACCCCAGUACUAGUAAGGAGUGUAUCUGCCAUUCUACCUCAUACUCAAGUUGCAACAGAUAAAUUAAUAAGCAUAUCUGGUAGCACUCCUCCAGUUGCAGCUCCAAGAUCGCCAAGGACGCGAAAAACAAUGGGCUAUGCUGGUCAAGAGAAUGAAAGACUACAGUCCUUAAGAGCAAUAUUGCAAAAUCAAGACCAUGAAGUAUUACAACUGAGACAGGAAAAUAGGGAGCUAAGAUCAUCAUUACAAGACUUGGAACAUAACUUUAUGCGCUACAAAGAGGACAUGGAGCGCAAAGUUAACAAAUUAUCUGACGAACGGAAUAAUUUAUUGGACAAAGAAAAUCAAUUGACUCAAGAAUUACAGGACAAACAAUUGAGUAACAAACAAAUGUGUGUUGUUAUGGAGGAGUAUGAAAAAACUAUUUCCACCUUAAUAGAUGAACAACAACAAGAGAAGGUGAAAUUAUUUGAAACUAUGGAUAAACUUACAAAGGAAAGGGACCAAGCUGUUAAACAUCUUGCAAAUAUGGAGAGUUCUUUUAAUGAUCUCUUAGCGAAAUAUGAGAGUUGUAAGAGUGUAGUACUGGAAGCUAAAUCACGGGAAGGUGUCUUAAUGAAAAAAAUUGAUGAAUAUGAUGCGGGCUUGAAAAAAUAUGAGGAUUUGUAUAAUAACUUAAAACAAGCUACUUCUGACCAUUUACAGAAAGCAAAUGAAACUUUGGAUAACUUGAAGAAGGGCCACAGUGUUGAAAUAACUAAAAUGAAUGCCACCAUAAAGAAACAUGAAGUUAUGAUUUCAUCCUUACAAGAAUCUUUAGCUCAAAAGACAAGAGAUAAUGAAGAGUUAACCCGAAUAUGUGACCAGCUUAUUAAUGAAGUACGUUAA